AUGGGCGUUAUUGUAUCGCCUAGUCUUUUGGAUGGUAAUUUCCACAAAAUCCUCCCAUCUUGGAAUACGAAUGGCGUACUGAGCUCCCCCGAAACCCUUACUGAAAGCCUCCAGCAUGAGCAGACGUCCGCUGUCGCGCUGGCGGACCCUCGCAUUGACGACAGGCCCCAACUUGGAUCCAGAACCGAAUGGUACUACUUCCAGGCUCAUCUGACCUCUGAGAUAUCUGACGAGCCUCUUCAUACUGUUUUCGUGUGCAUUUUUCGGCAUUCACCCCAUGGCGACAAGGGUCACUGUUGGGCCGUCGUCUACGCCGUCCUGGAUUGGAGGACGCAGAAGUAUGCUGCAUACUCCAAGGUGCCCAAUGGUGUGCCUGCGGGCGUCGCGAGGAUGAUGGAGACAAGCCAUCCACGUCUGAGCUCCAUCAUCCAAGACCUGGUCGAUACCGGCCCCAGUACCGACGGUACCCCAUUUCUCCCCGACACCCCUUUCACAAGCAAUGUCGAAAUCCGUCAGUCUGAAGGUCCGGCUUUGCAACUUGACUGGGACAACGGUGCAUUCAUUGUUGGUGAGAAUGGUUCUUACCAUUUAAAGGUACCGGAGAUUGAGCUCGACAUUCAGCUUCAGGCGACGAGGCCAAUGAUGCUUCACGGUUAUGAUGGAGUGACUUGCAAAGAUGACACGCACAAAAUGUUUUAUUACAGUUGGCCACGCACCGCAGUGGUGGGACAAUACCAGGGGACCCAGGUCGUUGGCACUGCCUGGGUAGACCACGAGUACUCCUUGGGCGUACUGGGGAGCCAGAAAAGCCCAGAUGCCCCAAUUCCCGGCUGGAACUGGUUUUCUCUGGUCACUAGUGGUCCAAGUAACCUGGAAAUCUGCAUUACACAGAUCUUUCAAGAGCAAAGUGUCAUUGAGGAGUACAUCGUAUACAUGGACAAUGACGGGAAGCGGCGCAAAGAAGACGUCUUCAGUCUUUUUCCGACCAAGAGCUGGGUCUCUGCGCAGACCUUCCAGAAGUUUGGCACUUCCUGGAAGCUUACCGUCCCCAGUCUCAACAUCGACAUUGACAUUGAGGCGGUUUGCCAGAACCAAGAAUUCCAAACUUGGAUACGGCUACCAUCCUUCUAUGAAGGCGCAGUUCGUUUCUCAGGCACCUGGGAAGGGGCGCCAAUUCGGGGGUUUGGAGCAAUGGAGCUUGCCAACGAGACCACUUCGGGCGACAAAUACAUGGAGGUGAUACUUGACAACGCUUCUGCACUGGUUCGAGCGGAAAUCGAAAACGUUGUCCCGAAAAGUCUUUGUCCAAACCAUUUUGAAUAUUUGACCGACGUUUCUUUUGACAGCGAGCAGGAACGGAUUAUCCAAGAGUCCAUUGUUGACCCAUUCUAUCUUCUCAAUAAUCGUGGUGGCAAAAACUGGCGUCCUAUGCUUCUCAGUGCGGCCGCUAGCUUAGUCGGCGGCGAUGCGAAUGAUUGGCGGCCAUUUCUUGUGAUCCCGGAAAUGAUCCAUACCGCCUCGUUGAUCAUUGACGAUAUUCAGGACGAAAGUGAAACCCGUCGCGGAGGACUGUGUGUGCACAAGGUCGUGGGGAUACCGACUGCCAUCAAUGCAGGGUGCGCCAUGUACUUUUGGGGAGAAACCAUUGUUCGGGACUGUGAGGCUCUUACCGAAACUCAGCGACGCGACUACUACGCAACGUAUUUUGAGAUGAUGAGAGUGGCCCACAGCGGUCAGGCGCUCGAUAUUGCUGGAAUGACCAUGGACAAUCUCCCGAGUAUCGAAGAAGCCAAGUCUAUACUCUCUCGUGUCGUCAACAUGCACCGAUGCAAGAGCGGCAAGCCUGCGUCGUGCUGCGGUGUUGGGGGGUCCCGACUCGGGGGAGGGACGAAAGAGCAGACGGAUGCUAUUGGUCUAUACGUUCAAAAUCUUGGUCUCGCCUUUCAGAUUCGCGACGACGUUUUAGAUGUUCUUGGCAAAGUAAAGGGUAAAAAUGCAGCAGACGAUCUUUACAAUCACAAAAUCACCUACCCUGUCGCCAAGCUCUUUACUCUGGACCAUCCCGAUCGCGAAAAGUGGUUCCAGCUCUGGGAAGACCGCGACGUACCGGGUUUUGUCGAAGCGCUCGAGUCGUCCGGUACGAUGGAGCUGUGCAAGGCAGACAUCGAGGGCAUGAUUUUGGACGGAUGGGCUGCUGUCAACUCUCUCACGCCCAACUCGUUCAGCAAGGUCCUAUUUCGCACGUUUGGAGAGUUUCUGAUUGAGCAGCACUACUAG